AUGGAUGUUCUAAGAAACGCAACACCCGCCGCAUUCACCUUUGGCCAGACUUUCGCUCGCGAGCACCCAACCGCCCUCGCUGUAGGCAGUGCGGGUCUUAUCUUCGCUACAGCACCACUCGCCGGUCCUGCUGUCCUCGGAACUCUCGGUUUCAGCGCCACAGGGCCUGUUGCAGCUGGAAGUCCUUUCGCUACAUUCCAAGGAGCUGCGAUGGGAGGCCCUGCUGCGGGGAUAUUUACAACGGCUUCGGGGUUGGGGGCUGGGAUUGUCGGUGGGACGUGGGUGGGAUAUGGUAGUGGUAGUGGAUCUUCUGAUGGUGGUGGUGGGACUUUUGUUUGA